AUGCUGCAAGCUUACUUUUCUCCUAACCAGGCACGCAAAAAUCUCUAUGUCAAUUUCCAUCUUAAUGCGCAUACAAUUGGUAACACUCAAAUACAAGCGAAAAUUAUGCAAGCAAAACAUGCCCGGAUUAGUUCCCAUGAUAUCGAGGCACAAAUGAAUAAACUCUGUUUGUACGGCAGAUUGAAGGAGGCCUUGGACUUGUUUGGUGUCAUAAACUCAAUGGGUGUUUUAGUUGAAUCCAACAUCUAUGCACACCUUUUACAUGCCUGUGCUGACAUGAGAGCCUUGGCAGAGGGAAGACAAAUCCAUGCACAAAUGGUUGUUAGUGGAAUAAAAGUAAAUGCUUUUCUGGGUACUAAACUUCUGAACAUGUAUGCUCAGUGCAGAAGACUGGUGGAAGCCAAACUUUAUUUUGAUAUAAUGCCCAGAAGAAAUGUUUAUUCAUGGAAUACUAUCAUUGGAGUGUAUGCACGGGAUGGGUUUUAUGAGAAGGCUAUUGAACUGUAUAAUCAGAUGCAGGUUUCAGGUGUUCAGCCAGAUGUUUUCAUUUUUCCUUCUGUUUUGAAGGCUUGUGCCGGAUUGGGGGAUUUGGAACAGGGUAGGAAGAUUCAUAGUUAUAUUGAUGGAAGUAGGUUUAAAUCUGAUGUUUUUGUUGGGAAUGCAUUGAAUGCCUCAGAGACAUUCAGUGUCAUGGAAUGUCAUGAUUGCGGUUAUGCGCAGAGUGGUAAUCAUGGGGAUAAGGCUCUGAAUCUUUUGCGAGAAAUAGUGUUGGCAGGUGUGGAGCUGGGUUCGAUCACAAUUUUGAGUGCCCUUCGGGCAUGCUCAGAAUUGAGUACUAUCCAACAGGGUAAGGAAAUCCAUUGUUAUGUUAUGAGAAUGGGUUUGGAAUUCGAUUCAGCGAGAAAUGCUGCUGCGUCGACUACCAUGAUUUCAGGCUAUAUUGAAGAUGGACAGAAUGGUAUAGCCUUAAAACUCUUUAGACAUAUGCAAGUAAUGGGUGUGGAUGCAGAUUCUGUCACAAUUUCUAGUAUUCUACCUGCGUGUGCCCAUUCUGAAGCUCUAAAACAUUGUGUAAACACUAAAAAAUGGUCAAUGCCUGUGUUUCUUAGGUACAUAGUGUUUCUUAGAUUUAAUUAA